AUGGUGAUCUCCAGGUACAGAAGACAGAAAACCGAAGGAGAGGCCAUGGAACAAGGCCUCCGGGACUGCUGCCGGUCCAUCCGCAUUGGGAAGAUCCUGAUCCAGAGCGACGAGGAGACCCAGCGAGCCAAGGUGUACUACGCCAAGUUCCCUCCAGACAUCUACAGGAGGAAAGUGCUGCUGAUGUACCCAAUCCUGAGUACUGGUAACACUGUCAUUGAGGAUGCCAAAGUGCCUGCAGAAUAUGAUGUACAACAAGGUGUCAUGAUCCUGCUCAGCCUGUUCUCUACACUUAUGGCACAUUGAGACCUUUGGUGUCUCUUAAAAGGUACCAAAUCAAUCAUCCAGGAAUUCCCAGAAAUCACCAUUUUAACUACAGAAGUGCAUCCUGUUGCACCAACAUACUUUGGACAGAAGUAUUUUGGAACAGACUGACAAUCUCAGAACAACUGGAUGUGACUCUAUGACAUUACAAGAAGUUUCUUCUAUGUUUUAUUAUUGUUGAGUUGUCAAGGGCAUGUUUGGGAACCUUUCUGGCCAAAGGGGGAAAUACUUGACUUAGGUGAGUUCUGGCCUGAACAG